GCAACAGUUGCAGUUCUCAGCUAGACCAAGUAUAACGCUACAACAUGAAACUAUUGAUUCUCACCACCUUGUUGGCUGUGGCUAGCGCUGCGCCCGCUCCUGGACUGCUGGACUACGACUACGGCCAUUCGGCACCUUCGUACAGCUAUGGACAUGCCGCUCCAGCCUACAGCUAUGCACAUGCUGCUCCAGCUGUCACCUAUGCGGCUGCCGCGCCUGUGAUUAAAUCCUAUGCGCCCGCCAUCAGCUAUGCAGCACCUGUGCUCAAAUCUUAUGCUGCGCCCGCCAUCAGCUACGCUGCACCCACUGUAGUCAAGUCAUAUGCGCCCGCCAUCAGCUAUGCUGCACCCACUGUGGUCAAGUCAUAUGCAGCGCCCGUUGCAGUCGCCGCUCCUGUGGUUAAGGCUGUGCAUGCGCCAGCCACCAGCUACUCCCACUUCAGCUCGGUUGUCUCCCAUGCCACGCCCGUCAUCAAGUCCUAUGCCGCUGCUCCCAUUAUCAAGUCAUAUGCUGCGCCCGCCAUUAGCUAUGCUGCUCCUGCUGUCGUUAAGUCUUAUGCCGCUCCAGCAAUUAGCUACGCUGCUCCCGCCAUCUCCUAUGGCGGCUAUGCCGAUCAUGGUUAUGCCGAUCAUGGCUAUGGCUAUCACUAAAUGCUGCAAGCAGCACGCGAGUGAGAUUGAGAGCAAGAGCGAGAGAGAGAGAGAGAGGAUGAAUCACGCACGUUUCCCAAAAGUAAUACCCAAAAAACUUUCAACAACUCUUAUCCCAAAAUAUUCUGUAUUUAUUUAAGACUCACA